CUAUGGCGUCGUGCUGCUGUUGGGUGUCGUAUCGUUGAUGGCUGGGUCGACCACUGGUGUACCGAUGUCUCCUGGGUAUGGUGGAUACCAAGCAACAGCAGCGAAAGAAUACUACCCCACGCCGCCGCCCUACUACACAACAAUAACAUACGCUACACCGACCUACUACACCGAAGCGCCAAAGUAUUACUCUGCCCCGAGCUACACCACGAAAGCGCCCGAGUACUACACGACUGCGUAUGCUGCCCCAGUUUACUACACCGAGGCUCCCAAGUAUUACACUACUACCUACGCUGCCCCAACUUACUACACCGAGGUUCCCAAGUACUACACCAACAAGGCACCCAAGUAUUACACUACAACCUACGCUGCCCCAGCUUACUACACCGAGACUACCACGUAUUACUCUGCUCCUAGCUACUACACCGAGGCUCCAACUUACUACACCACCAAAGCGGUGGAAUACUACACCGAAGCGCCUAAGUACUACACUACAGCCUACCUUCCCCCAGCUUACACCACCAAGGCACCGGAGUACUACACCACCAAGGCACCGGAGUACUACACCACCAAGGCACCGGAGUACUACACCACCAAGGCACCGGAGUACUACACCACCAAGGCACCGGAGUACUACACCACCAAGGCACCGGAGUACUACACCACCCCGAGCUACACAACCACAACUAAGGCGGUCAAGUAUUACUACACAGCGGCUGCCCCUUCGUACUACGUUGAACCUAAAUACUACACUGAUGCUCCAGUUUACUACACCACAACUUACUCAACACCUAGCUAUUACACCGAAGCCCCCAAGUACUACACCGACAAGGCCGAAUAUUACACAACCCCUUAUGCUGCCCCAGUCUACUACACCGAGGAAUCUAAGUAUUACUCUGCUCCAAGCUACUACCAAACAGAGGCUCCUGUUUACUACACCACCAAGGCCCCCGAGUAUUAUACAACUACUUACGCUGCUCCCACCUACUACACCGAUGCUCCGAAGUAUUCCUAUGCCCCGAGUUACUACACCACGAAGGCACCUGAAUAUUACACCACAACCUACGCUUCUCCAGCUUACUACAUGGAGGCUCCUAAAUACUAAAGCCGAAAUUUCAGUUUUAUUUAAUUAUGUUCAGAUUGGUCGGUCAUAUCUUAAUAGUUACUUUGGGAAUUGAUUGUUGAUCUUAAAUGAGAUAAUACAAAUUUUAAUGUGGGUAA